AUGGCGAGGUUACACCCGUCAGGCAUAGGACAGAAGGCGCUGAUCAUAGAGCGGUUGGGGGCGUUUUGGGAGGGGAGGUGGCGGGAGCUGUUCGACUCCGCCAUGGUGGCGGCGCGGCCAGCAGUACGCCCACUUGCCUACACUUGCUCUGACCAGGACCCGGAUGCCAUCCGCCUGUCACGGUGCCGAUCUCGGUGUAAAGUGGGAGAGUGGAGCCGCGGAUUGGCUUGCCUUACGGCAGGGGAGUUGGCCCGGCCGUCUGAGGCCAUGGUGCAGUCGCUGCGAGAGAAGCACCCUGCUAGCACUAGCGAGGUACCACAGUGGGUCCGUGAUUUCACCGUCGAUGCUCCUCAGCGGCCUCCACUCACGGCCGACAUCCUGGCCAGAACUAUCCAUACAGCCGCUCGCGCUUCAGCAGCAGGGCCAUCGGGGUGGGUCACGGAGCAUCUGCGCGACACCUUCCUCACUGAACCUUCCUGCCUUUCCCACCUGUUGGAGGUGUUCAACCAAUGGGUGGCGGGACAGGUCCCCGAGCGGGCUCGGCCCUGGCUCGCCGCAUCCAACCUAGUUGGGCUUUCCAAGCCUAACGGCGACGUCCGGCCGGUCGCGAUUGGGGAAGUGCUUCCGCGUAUCCUUGCUCGAGCUCUCUGCAUCUCGCUCCGCCCUGCGAUGGCUUCCUACUUUCUGCCGUGCAACCAGCUGGGAGCGGGCACCAGGGCCGGGGUAGAGAUUCUUACCCAUUCUUUCCGGUCAGCGCUGGCUACUCACCCCGACUGGUGUGCGCUGCAGAUAGAUGUUGCGAACGCUUUCAAUUCGUUUCACCGUCAUGCGAUGUUUGAGGGGCUGCGGGAGUCGCCUUUCUCAGGGUUGAUCCCAUUCUUACGUGUUUUCUACGGGACACCUAGCGACCUGUACCUCCGAGCGGGCCCUUUUGUACAGAGCCUUGAGUCGGCACGAGGAUCGCGGCAGGGGGACCCGCUCGGCCCUUUUCUUGUCGCGUUCACGCAGCAGCGGGUGAUGGAGUCGGUGACUAGAGAGUUCAGGGACCUACUUUUCCUGAGCUACGCAGACGAUACCUAUAUCCUGGGACCGGCGGCUAGGAUUCUAGAGGCGUUUGGGGUGCUGCGGGAGCGGUUGGAAUGGGUGGGGCUGGAGGUGCAGGCGCACAAGUGCCGGUUUUGGGAGCGCGAGGGCGGGGAUGUGGAGCUGGCACUGCCAUUGGGGAUGCAACGGGUGGAGGAGGGUCUCACUGUGGUGGGCGUGCCUAUUGGGGAGGAGGGUUGGGAGGUGACCCGGUUACGGGAGCGGCUUAGACAGUUGCAGGCGCCAUUGCCAUGGCUCCCCCUGCUCGACCACCCCCAGAUGGCUUCACAUCUCCUCGCCAUUGCAGUUUCAGCACGGCCGAUGUACCUGGCCUGGACUAUGCCGCCGCGUCCGGAGGUGGUGGAGGCCUUCAGGGAUUGGGAUAGCUGUCUGGAGGAUUGCUUUGAGCACCUUUUCCCACCUGGCACUUGGGAGCAUGACCCCGACCGGUCUAGGCGCGCGCGCAUGCAGCUGCAUCUCCCUGUGCGACUCGGAGGGUUUGGGAUCCGGGCAGCGGCCUCUUUGAGUCCGCUGUCCUAUGUUUGUGGGUGGGCACAGGCCGCGCGUUAUGUUGCACAGUUGGGGGUGGCGGGCGAGGAGGCGAUAUUUGCGGAGUACCUCACCACUUCGGCAGGGGCGGAGUUUCUUGACCCGUGGUUUGCCAAGGCUCUUGAGCAGCUGCCUGCGACUAUACGCCAGGAGAUGCCGGGCUUACCUCUGUGCGUAGCGGCCCCUCCUCUUCAGCUUUUCCAGGCGCGGCAGCGGUUGUUGGCGGUAGAGGAGCUCCAGACACUGCGUCGCUCGGCUCGUGACGAUGCCACCCUGGCCCGUUUCACAUCCCUUCAGGGCCCGGGGGCUGGUGCAUGGGUUUCGGCGGUUCCGGCUCACUCAGAUCUCACAUUCACUGCGGCGGAGUGGGGCAUUGCUGCUGCUAUACGGCUCGGGCUCCCAAUUCAGCAGCUGCAGGUGGCGGGGAGGUGUGUUUGUGGCACAGCAUAUGUUGACUCAGCAGACCCGCAUCAUGCCCUGAGAUGCAAGCACCAGCAUGGUCCAUCUCGGGUACAUGAUGAGGUGAAGUUUGCGGUGGCGAAGAUCUCUAAGGCGUCUGGGGGGGUGGUGACAAUGGAGGAUAGUGUGGUGCUGCAGGGGAAGCGGGUUGAUGUGGCGGUGCGACGACCAAUGGCUGGAGAGGCUCACGCCCUGGAGAUCAGCGUCGCGGACCCGCUAUCGCUGUCUCCAUCUUUGCUAGGACAGUGCGGGCGUCAAAUAGGCGUGGCGGCAAGAGAAUGGGAGCGUCGUAAAACGAGCGAUUACGCGCCUCUGCUUGCACGCAACCGGGGCGUGCAGUUCACUCCUCUGAUAGUGGAGACGUGGGGGUGUCUCGGCGGUCGCUUUCGGAGGUGGCUUCGUCAGCAAGGAGAUGCGCACGUGGGGCUAGCUGUGUCGCGGGGGGCUUGUCGGGAGGACGACACUGUGUUUUCGGCUUAUCUUCUAGGGUCACUGAAGGCGCUCAUCGGGGUGGCGUUGCAACGUGCGCAAGCCCGUGUCAUCCUGCUUCGAGCGGCGUCUUCUAUGGGGGGGAUUAACGUUGACUUGGUGGACCGGGAGUGGGACGAUGGCGAUGCGGAAGGCGGGGCUCUCUGGGUGGAGGCCCCGUACAUGGUGGAUUCGCUGUUGUGA